AUGAAUAUAAAUUCAGGAUCGAAACAUUUUGCGUGUGAGGCAUGUGGUAAGGCCUUCGAUCAGUCAUCACAUCUUAUUAUGCAUAGGAGAAUUCAUACAGGAGAGAAACCUCAUGAAUGUCAGACAUGUGGGAAGGCCUUUAAUCACAUGUCUAGUCUUAAUAGACAUAUGAAAACUCAUAGUGGAGAGAAGCCUUAUAUAUGUCAGGAGUGUGGUAAUGCCUUUACUCAAUCCUCCGACCUCAGUAUACAUAGAAGUAGUCACACUGGAGAGAAACCAUAUAUAUGUGAGGAAUGUGGAAAGGCCUUUACUCAUUCCUCAGGCCUCAGUAUACAUAGGAGAAUUCACACUGGAGAGAAACCGUAUAUAUGUAAGGAAUGUGGGAAGGCCUUUGCUUGGGCCUCAACAUUUAGUGAACAUAGGAAAAUUCACACUGGAGAGAAACCAUAUAUAUGUAAGGAAUGUGGGAAGGCCUUUGCUGUAGCCUCAAGACUUAGUGUGCAUAGGAAAAUUCACACUGGAGUCAAACCAUAUGUAUGUAAGGAAUGUGGAAAGGCCUUUGCUGUAGCCUCAAGCCUUAGUGUACAUAGGAGAAUUCACACGGGAGAGAAACCAUAUGUAUGUAAGGAAUGUGGAAAGGCCUUUGCUGUAGCCUCAAGCCUUAGUGUACAUAGGAGAAUUCACACGGGGGAGAAACCGUAUAUAUGUAAGGAAUGUGGAAAGGCUUUUCCUAGAGCCUCAAAACUUACUGUACAUAUGAGAAUUCACACUGGAGAGAAACCAUAUAUAUGUAAGGAAUGUGGGAAGGCCUUUUCUACAGCCUCAAUACUAACUGUACAUAGGAGAUUUCACACUGGAGAGAAACCGUAUAUAUGUAAAGAAUGUGGGAAGUCGUUUGCUGAAGCCUCAAGCCUUCGUGUACAUAGGAGAAUUCACACUGGAGAGAAACCGUGUAUAUGUAAGGAAUGUGGGAAGGCCUUUGCUGGAGCCUCAACACUUCGUGAACAUAGGAAAAUUCACACUGGAGAGAAACCAUAUAUAUGUAAGGAAUGUGGAAAGGCCUUUGCUAGAGCUUCAAGACUUACUGCACAUAUG